AGUGAGUGAGUGAGUGAUACCAGUCGCUCGGCAGCUGGUGAAUCAAUCCUAAAUUGAAGUCAGGAUUAUUUUAACACCACCACCACCACCACCAUCCUCUUCCUCCUCGUUCCCAGUCGGAGCUCCAGUUGCAGUGUGUGUGUGGACGCUAGGCUGGCUCUUCCUGCAAUAAAAUUACAAAUGUCAGACCGGAAACUUUGGACAAAGGGGCAGUGCCAAAACAGAUGGGGGUGUAAGGCACCGAGCGCCUGUCAGCAUGGACGCCCAACUACAAGGCCAGCAGCCACCCAUAGCAGUGUUCCAACCGCAGAAGCCGGAAAUGGGCUACAACAGCUUAGCCAAUUACUACUUUGAAAAGAAGAUUGGACGGGGGCAGUUUAGCGAGGUCUAUCAGGCGAAGUACUUAAUGGACAACACUCCAGUCGCUUUGAAAAAAGUUCAGAUAUUCGAACUGAUGGAUGCCAAAGCCCGGCAAGAUUGCAUCAAAGAGAUAGAUCUCCUGAAGCAACUCAACCAUCCUAACGUAAUUAAAUGUCACGCGUCAUUCAUCGAGGAGAAUGAGCUAAAUAUAGUGCUGGAGCUGGCCGAUGCCGGAAACCUUUCACGUAUGAUUAAGCAUUUCAAGAAACAGAGGAGGCUGAUUCCUGAAAAGACUGUAUGGAAGUACUUUGUUCAGCUGUGCAGCGCGCUGGAGCACAUGCACUCCCGACGUGUCAUGCACAGAGAUAUUAAACCGGCCAACGUCUUCAUCACUGCUACCGGAGUGGUAAAACUAUGCUACUUGAGCGGCUUCUUCAGCUCCAAAAUCCCCGCGCACCUUCUAGUGGGCACCCCUUAUUACAUGUCUCCCGAGAGGAUACACGAAAACGGAUAUAACAUUGAAUCUGACAUCUGGUCGCUAGGCUGUCUGCUGUACGAGAUGGCUGCUCUUCAGAGUCCAUUCUACGGGGACAAGAUGAACCUGUACUCGGUGUGUAAAAAGAUCGAGCAGUGCGACUACCCUCCUCUGCCAUCUGAUCACUACUCGGAAGAGCUGAGGAAGCUGGUAGAUAUGUGCAUCAAUCUGGAUCCGGAGAAGCGGCCUGACAUCACCUACGUGUACGAGAUCGCCAAGCACAUGCACGAUCUGACUCUGACCAACUGAAUCCAUCCUCCCUCGUC